CACAAAAUCCAAAGAAAACCAAAUGUCUUCAUCACCCCACUUCAUUCCUCAACUUCAAGCAAUCUCUUCUUCUUCUUCUUCUUCUUCUUCUUCUUCUUUCCAUCACCAAACAAACCCACCUCACCUUUUUCUACCUACAAUAUUUAUACCCGCUCCACCCUUCUCAUUAUUAUAUUUUAUAUUCAAUGUCUCUCUGUCUCCGUCUUCUUUUGUCACAGUGUCAAGCGUCAAAUAGCUUCCUUAUCGUUAUCACACUCCUAAAUUCUACUUAACAACAAGGAUUACUACCAGUUAAAUAACUAAUGACGAGACUCUUUCGAUCCAAGUCUUGCGGACUCGUCGGAGUAUCUGACUUCAACGCGGCUCCACCGACUCCCUUCUUUCACAAUUACAAAAACGACGACGAAGAAGAAGAAGAAGAAAAGGAAAAGGAAGACACUGAAGAAGAGGACAAGGGAGACAGAAAUGCUGAUGACAUGUCCAAAAACCCGAUAUCGACCCCGUUUAUUAGCCCGGAUCCGAAGUUUGGAGCAGGGAAAGCUCGCAGGAAUUCUGGGUCGGGUCAUAACCCGUUCCUGGAUGUCUUGGUUGCGGCUCUGAGGAAGUCGCUGGUUACGUGCAGCGUGGAGCCGGAAGAUGUUUCCUCCAUGGAUAUUGGGUGGCCGACUGAGGUAAGGCACGUUUCGCACGUGACCUUCGACCGGUUCAAUGGGUUCCUGGGUCUUCCCACUGAGCUGGAGCCUGAGGUUCCCAGGAAAGUUCCCAGUGCCAGUGCAAGUGUAUUUGGAGUGGCUGCAAAGUCCAUGCAGUGUUCUUACGAUGGCAGAGAAAACAGUGUGCCUACUAUCCUUCUUAUGAUGCAAAAGCGAUUGUAUGCAGAAGGAGGCCUUAAAGCAGAAGGAAUUUUUAGAAUAAAUCCUGAGAACAGCCAAGAAGAGUAUGUUCGAAGCCAGCUAAACAGAGGUCUAUUGCCACUUGGAAUCGAUGUCCAUUGUUUGGCUGGUUUGAUAAAGGCAUGGUUUAGAGAACUUCCAACUGGGGUACUUGAUUCCCUCACACCGGAACAGGUUAUGCACUGCAACACAGAAGAUGACUGCGCUCAACUUGUUACAUUACUUCCUUCAACAGAAGCUGCACUACUUGACUGGGCUAUCAACUUAAUGUCAGAUGUGGUGCAGCAUGAACAGUACAACAAGAUGAAUGCCCGGAAUAUUGCUAUGGUUUUUGCGCCUAACAUGACUCAGAUGGCAGAUCCUUUGACUGCACUGAUUCACGCUGUGCAAGUAAUGAACUUCCUCAAGACACUGAUCUUGAAGAACCUAAGAGAAAGAGAGGAAGCAGCUGCCAAACCUAAGUUGCUCAUAUCUUGCUCGGAUUCUCCUAGCAAUGAAAGUGACCCCCACUCAUCCAAACUAAAAAUAGGAGGAUCUUGUGAACCAACUAUGAAUGCUUCUGCCCUCGAGAGACCUGGCAUCAAUAAGUUCUUGAGGGUCAGUACAUUUAAUAGGUUGGAGUCCAAUAGUAAGGAAAAGCUAUGGGGAUUCCAGAAGAAGAGUGAUGAAGAAGAAGAAAUUGAGUUGGUUUUAGGUAGCAGUUGUACGCUGAGUGAAAUGGGAUCCUUGGAAAACAGAUGUAGAGGUGGAUAUGAUGGUGGGGAUUGGCUAAGUUUGAGAAAAGGAAUGAGGAGGCUGUGCAGGCAUCCUGUAUUUCAGUUGAGCAAACGAGCUACGAAGACUUGAGAUCUGGGGAUUGUAAAUACUCGGGAAAGAGGUAGGGAAGCUUGGGCAUGAAAUUUAUGUCGUUUCAAUUUUGUGGCCUUUGUCAUUUAUAUGUUGUUUGUGUAAUAUUAUACAUUGCUAGUUGUUGGGAUUUUAUUAGGAUGAAAAAAACUUAAAUUUUCAUUGA